CAUGGUUUCAGGUUUCAGGUGGUGCCUCCAAGCAGAAACAAAAGAAAGAAAGUUCUCUUAUUUUCUGCCUUUGCCUGGGGACUUCCUGCCACAAUGACAAUGGUGUCCUCCUUCCUUUCUCCUCCAGAAGGUACACGCAACACACAUGAAAGUAAACCAUGGUACAGACCAUCACUUAUGGAGACAAGAGUGUGUUUCAUCGAACGACUCUUUUGGAACAGUGAUUCAAGAGUCAGUAAUCCACAAACACAUAAAUCUGGCACCGCCCUCUUCUAUUUCGGCCCUGUGUGUUGCCUGGUGUUCUGCAACGUCGUCUCCCUCGUCAUCGCAUUAAGGAAGAUGCAGCGCCUCAGAAGAGGCAACUCGAUUCUGCGCAGCGAGGAGGAUCUGGGGCGCCGCCAUCGGGAUGGGAGCACUUCCCAUGUGCCAGACGCCUUCGGUGCCAAGGAAAGGACGCGCAGACGCGGGGGGGCCUCUCGAGCAGCAGUGGAUGCGAAAACAAUAAAAUUGUACCUGAAAAUGCUAUUUAUGACCGGAGUCAUUGAAAUUAUGUCUGAAAUCAUAAUGUGGGGAAACACAAUUCAUUCAAACUACACGAAUGACUUUAGCUUUGAUUUUCAUUUCCCCUACCGCUCCUCGGGGCACGUCACCGACUGCCUCCGGGCGGCGUGCGUCGCCUGGCUGGCCGCCCCCGAGGGGGGCUACUUGCGCGUCAUUCUAAGCUGUCUGCGAGGUAAAAAGCAACAGAAAUGUCAUUCAACGUCUUCAAUAUCUAAUGGAAUAUAA